ACAACAGCAAAAACAACAACAACAACAACAACAACAACAACUCCCUCGCACUACCACAACCAGCAGUUUACCUUUCCUGCUGCGCCUCACCAGCAGCAACAGAUGCCGCAGUUCGCCCACCUUAUGUGUCCCAAGACGUCACCUGGGUCACCUCAUCACCUGCCGCAGGACACUAAUUACUACCUCACCUAUCAGCACCAAACCUCCCUUGAGGACCAAGGCAUAGAUGUGCAGUCACCAGGUCGGUCGAGUCCUGGGUCUGGUAGCGGUUCCUCGACGACGGGGUCAACGGCGUCGUCUGGCGGAUGUCGCAACUCAACCACCUCCCUCGACUCAGGGCGAGCCUCCACUACCACCCACUCCCACCAGCAUAGCUCCAGCCUCGGCUCUAUGGAACACGAUGCUGCCACCCACGUCAACGUUCCCGAGCUCCUCAACAACGGCGUCAGGGAUUCUGAAGUGUUAAGAGCUUGGCUGACAGAUCUCCGUUUAGAGGAAUACUACGAGAAAUUUAUUUCGGCCGGCUACGACAUGCCUACUAUUUCACGGAUGACGCCAGAAGACCUCAACGCCAUUGGCAUCACAAAACCUGCUCAUAGAAAGAAACUUAAAGCCGAAAUAACCAGACUGAAUAUCUCCGACGGGAUGCCAGACUUUAUACCGGGUCGUCUGGAGGACUGGCUAUCAAUUUUACGCCUCGAAGAAUACACGGCUUCACUAAAGCAGCAGAAAUAUGCCUCUGUGGAACAGAUGACACAGCUCACAUGGGAGGACCUGGAAGAUAUUGGCAUUACCAAGUUAGGCCACCAGAAAAAAGUGAUGCUGGCCAUUAAACGAGUGAAGGACAUAAUGGCCGGAAAGAAAUUUACCAGCACGCAAGAACCCAGACAGCAGUCUCAUUACGGAACUCACGAAAUUAUGAUUUCUCGAGAAGCCUCAGAGGGUCGGGAUCAGUACGCCAGCGUUCCAGAAUUCCGCACUUUCUCGGGUCCUCCGGGACAUUACGGCAACGGGGAGCACAACAGACCGAGCGGCCCCGCAGAGCCCGGAGUUCAUUACGGGGUACCGACUCACUACGCUCCGGGCGUUCAGUACGCUCCCAUGCCUCCCCCUCAAGCACACGUCCAUCCUAUGGCGCAACAGACUGGACCAUUUCACCCAUCCAACCAAUUUGGUGCUCCACAGGGUCCCUCUCCUCCAGGAUCCAAACAUCCUAACGUUCCAGCCCAUCCUCUCCCCGGGCCCGGCCACGUCCAAUACCGGCCAGAUUUGGUUGCCGUUCAGGUGAGGCCAGGAGGCAGAGGACGAAGUAUCGAGAGCUUAGAAGAGCCAAUUUAUGGCACAUAUCAAACGUUCCACCCAGAGAGUAGACUGCCGUACGUCCAAGGGCCAAUGUCUCUCGGCAGUCUACCGCCAAGACCUUUCCCGGCAACGGCAAUGGGUCCGUCGCAUCCUCAGCGAUCGAUGGACGACGGCGACAUCACUCCGACGAACGAGUAUGCCAAUAAUUACGAGGGCGGCGGAACAUUACCCAGACCUCGCACCGCCAAUAAACUCCGACCGGUUGCCAAAGUCACGGCAAAAACCCGAGUGGACGUUCACGAGGUGCCACAGUUUAUUAAAGAUGGGAUGAAUCUAAAGAAACCGUCUCAGACAGAAGAAAUCAACAUGAAAGACUUAAACAUAAAGGAGCUAAAUUUGAAAAGCCUAAAUCGUCAAAAUUCCGAGAAGAUUUAUAAUUCGAGUCCAAAUACGGGCAGUUCUAAUAACACUCCACAGGGAACUCCCAAGAAAAUUCCUCCGCCUCCCCCUCGCCGCUCAAACUCUAUAAGUGAAACUUCAAAAGAGGCAGCAUCACAAGAGAGUCAGUACGGGUAUCUGCGACGGGGUCUGUCGUACGGGUACAUGGGCAUCAAGAACAAUUUACAACCCGACGUCACUCCGGAUCUGCCCCCACCUCCCGCACCUCCCGACAGUGCAAAUCAUCAGCACCUCCCAGACGACUUUCCUCCACCGCCACCUCCAUUGACGUGCGUGACAAUGGCCAGUUCUACACGUAUUACGGCCAGUUCGACAAUAACGACUUCAUCUAUUACCAGCGAUUCCUUAGCUACUUCACAGACUUCUACAACUUCAUCGGAAGACGACGUUUCGUCGGGGUUUCGGCCAAGGCGAAACGAUUCCAAUGCUAGUUUUAAGUCUACCUCCAGUACAGACUCUGAAUCCCUGCCAUUUGCAAAUGAAAAUGCCGGGACAAUUAAGCAGCGCGCUUGCCGUCCUCAUCCGGGGUUGACCGUGCUGGACACACGGAACUCCCCACUCUCUUCCCCGCGUUCGUCUCCUGCACUGCGUAGAAAGGAAGCUCAGCCUCCUCUACGACAAAAUCCCAUUGCUACUACAGAUUGUACAUCUGGACAAGAAACCAAAUCAAACUCAAGCUCUCCAGAUGGCACAGGUGAUGUCCUCAAUGACAUCGGGAAUAUGCUAGCAAACCUCACUGAUGAACUGGAUGCAAUGUUGGAACAGGAAGUCACUCUCAAGAACUAGAUGUCUAGUACGACCUAAAAAAAAUGUUUAUUAGUCAUGUUCACAAUUAAUCUCAGUGCAUGUUGUGCAACCAUUCAAAUUCUUCACUACUGUCUAGUGUUCACACAACAUAUAUGUUGUGGAGGCUAUAACAGCAACAAUUAUCGAGUUUUCAAACACUAACAACAACACUUCAAAACUAUCACAAUUUUGUCAAUAAUAAUGACAUUAAAACUUAAUCAUAUUACACUUUUAAAUGGUCACAUAGCACAUAAACUGGAUUACAAAUAUAGUACAGCAGAUGUUUACACCAUAUCUGUAUUUCAUAGUCAUCUGUCAGUCUCGAUCAAUACAUUAGUGCAGCAUUGAAAAAAUACUAUUCUCAAACACUAUAACAAUAAAUUGAAAACAAACAAUUUACUCUGGAUAUUUAUUCUUCCUGAAUCGUCGAGACCGAUAGUGAUUUUUGGGGAGCAGUUAUGAAUAGCAAUUAUGAAUGUAACAAACCUGCUGAAUAGUUAAUUGUAUGUGUGUGAAUACUUGGCUCACAGCCCAUAAGCAACUGUCAUCUUAUAGAUUGAAAAUGUACUUACAUCAAUGUUUAUUAAACCAUUUGCAACUUCUUGCAAGCAUAUGUAAUGUGAUCUCAAAAGCGUUAACGUGUUGUCAUUCAACACGUGCUAUUCAGUAAUUACAUAUAACUGAUAACUGUUGAGGCUACAUGAAACCAUAGGAUGAAUACUGUAUUUUGUGUAAUUGAAAAGGUUUUUGUGCUCUGCCAAGUGGGAUUACAACAUAGCGUAUAAGUUAAAAAAAAAAAAUUCCAUCUGUCAGCCAGACAAUCAUGAAACCAACCACACUUAGGCUUUUUACAUAUGGUUAGUUUGCUUUAGGACGCUUCUUCUCAUGAAAUAUGUUCUUGUAUUGGAUGAGACAUUGCAAACAAUUUACUAACAAAUUCAAACACUGAAAUACCUGUAUUCCUACCCAAGUACUUACAACUUUUCAAACCAUUUACAAUUUGUACUAAAUGAAAAUGCCACCAGACAAAUUACCUUUCAAAAGCCACAUAAGAGGCACAAAAAGGGGACUAUAUAUUCUGGAAAUGCAAUGCCCCUUUACUCUCCACAAUUUCACCACUGUGAUUGGUACCUUUAAAUGAGCUUCCUAUCAUGGGCUCAAAUUUAUUUUUCUUUCAUGUUAUCUUAGUCAAGUAGAUACUAGUACAUAGGAUACGACCAGGAUAACUAUACAAUGUCCAGUCUCGUCCAUCACAAUCCUGGAAGACCCAAGAAGGGAGUGGUACAAAUUUUGCAUAUUUUUUAGUAAGGCUACCCAUGUUGAUGUGAUAAUUUGGACUCCCUUAAUGUUCCUGACCAGAACUCACAAAUGCUGAUUUCAUUUGAUUAGAUAGCAAGUGUUGUGUGGUAUCAUGUAAUUCCUCCUUGCUACUCAUCUUAACCUAUAGAGUUAAAGCACAAUUUAUGUUUUUCAUAUAUAAAUAUAUAUAUAUAUAUACUAGUCACUUAUACUGGCAAGCUUGCUACAUUAAGUGAUAAUAUGUAACUGUAACUGGGGUAGGAAAUAUUUUGUUUAAUUUCUGUAAAUAUAUUGUGUACAGACUUGUAAAUAACCAAGGUGAACCAUUGUUUACCGAAUGCUGUGUGCAGCACCGUCCUUUGUGGGGAGUUUCAACAAAUUUUACAACGGGCAGAGGGUAAGACUUUAAUAAUCCUGCAACUCCCAUCUUUGGUGGUGCUGGACACAGUUUUCUGUUUAUCACAAUCUCUUUGAGCUUUUGAAAAAUUAAAGCUCAUAUUGAGGGGGAUAACCUUUUAGGUUCUCACUGUGGUUAAAGUGAGGCAGGUGCUGGAUGGCGUUUGCAGUGAUAGUCUUAAAUACUUUUCUUUGGUCCCUCUCCCAUGAGUAGCAUUUAUUUCCUUUUUAGCCCAAAUAUCAGUUGGCUACUAGCUAUUUCCUACACCUUUCCCUGCAUUUUGGGGAGUCUGUAUCCGAUGCUCACUUUAAUGUGUCACAUUCAUUGGAAUUUUUCACAAUUAUUCAUUACAUUUUUGGGUUUCAUGCACAAAUAUUGGCAUCCAGCACAAUUAUUUUACAAACUUCAAGGAUUACACUUUUUAAGUUUGUCAAAAUCAUCGAUGCUUUUGCUCUUUUAGAUGUUUAUGCAGCCGAGGUAGAAUUGACAGAUUGUUAUCAAAAUAAUGUUUAUAUAUAGGCUUCUUUCAUUACAGCACCGUAGUAAAAAUGUAUAUAUAAAUAUUGUUUACGAGUCCAGUUCAUACCUAAUCGGUUGUAAACGUGAAAAAUGAAUAGCCGAGUGACCUGAUAUGAACCGCGGAUGUGCUAGGUCAGACAGUUGGGUAUCGUCAUAUAGUUAAUCAGUCUUCAAGCUCCUUUUUUCAAACCAAUACUUCUUCAUAUAAACAAAUCUUUUGGUUCCCUUAUGUAAUACUUAGUUAAAAGCCAUAAGCAGGUGUUAUAAAGCCACUGCAGUAAUCUUUAGCCUCUUAUGCUAUACUUGUAACAUUUUAGAUGGAGCUAAUAUUUUUGUAUUUGCAAUAUAUUUCAAAGUAAUCGAGCUGAAAUUUAACAUUUCACUCAUUAAUGAAAUGACGAUUAUGACUUGCACGUAAGGUGAUGACCUCUGUCUGCCUCGGCAUCUUUAGUGCUGGUGUCAGCUUAGUCCUUUUUUUUCAUUACUGUAUGUACAUGAUAUAUCUUAAUAAUGACUAUCAACAAUUAUAACCAUUUGUGUUUUCA